CUAAGUGACUUCAAGACUCUACUCUCUUCAUAUUCUUCUCCUCUUCAUUAUGCUCAUGUAGACAUUGAUCAUUUAACAUAUCCCAAUAUAGCAUUCGAAAACCCAAUAAAGAAAAACAACCCAACAAUGGAUUUACCGGAGGAGGUAGAAUCCAACCACUACAACUCUUCAGCCUACGAAGCCGCUCUAAAACACGACUGGAAAACCGCCGGGGAAACCUCUGUAUCCCCCGCUGAAACAUCCAUUCUGCAAUUUGCCGUACUGUCUCCGAGCUCGACCGCUUUCCUCCAGAACCAACUGACCAAGUUGCCGCCGGAUUCGCUGAGAGUCACGGUGGAUGAUAUCGGCAACACGCUACUCCACAGUGCCGCGGAAGCUGGCAACUUGGCGGCCGUGCGUGUCAUCGUCGGGACUGACCCUUUACUGACGGGCGACUUGAUUUCACGACGAAAUUGCUUCGGCGACACGCCGGUUCAUUCUGCCGCCGCUUUUGCUAAUUGGGACGUCGUCGUUUAUCUCUUGUCCGUCAUCUUUGGCAUUUGGUCACAUGAUGGUGGUGAUGAGGGUCGGGUAGGAGAUAGUCCUCUGGCUGCCUCCCAGGGCGUCCGGCUCCUUCAGCUCCUCAUUGCUGCUGAUUUCUAUGGUAUUGCCCUCAUUGUGAUCGAGAGGUAUCCGAGUUUAGGGCGUGGCAAGGAUGCAUUCACGGGUAUGACUGCUUUAGAGAUGUUGGCUAAAAGAGAUCGGGCGUCCAUCAAGAAGAGGCAUGGCGAUAGAUCCUUGUCAACUCAACUAUUGACCAAGAACAAACCCAGCAGGAUUGCGGUCAUCACAAGCGGCGAAGGCAAUGAAGGCAUUCUUGGUCGAGCCUGUGGAUUGUGCGACACUGCAUGGAGAGUGUUUGGCAUGGCGUCUCCAUUCAGAGCAGUGAAUUGGGAUGAAGCCUUGCCUCUGUUAAAGCAGCUCAUCCUCGAAGCCAAUCUGCACUUCAGUGGUAACGAAAGGAGAUCGAUCUUCGGACGAGCAAUGCGAUUGGCUGCCGAAAGGGGGAACGUGCUGUUCGUCGAGGCGCUUGCCAAUUCCUGCCCUGUUGCCGUUCUGGAACGAGGUGACGACGAUGAUGAUGAUGGAAAGGGACGUUACAAUAUGAUGGAGCUGGCGGUUCUGCAUCGCCAGGACGGCGUCUUUCGGUUGCUGUACGAAAAGAAGUACUUCUCCUUGGGACAUCUCUUAAGUAGUACUACCCAUAUAAAAGUCGACGGUGAGGAUGAGGGUAACAAGAACAACAACUUGCUGCAUUUGGCCGCCAGGUUGGGACCAAGGCGCACCAUUUAUGGACCUUUUGUGCAAAUCCAGGAAGAGCUCAGAUGGUUCAAGACCGUGGAGACGAUGAUCCACGCCAGACUACGCGAGGCGGCCAACGAGAAAGGCCAAACUCCAACACAAGUCUUCAUCCAAGAGCACAAACCGCUGGUGGAAGAAUCCGAGAAAUGGCUAGAAGACAUCUCCAAGCAAUGCACCACCAUCGCCGCGCUCAUGCUCUCUGCCUUCUCCGCCUCUGUCUUCGCGUCGCCGCUGAGCGACAAGGACGCCAGGGACAACGCCCCGAGGAACAUGUGGAUCCAACUGGGAGUGACCGUCUUCACGUUGUCGAACGCAGGGGCAUUCUACUGCUCCUGCAUCGCCCUCCUCCUGUUCGUCGCCGCCAUGGUGUGCCGGCACUCUGUACUUGACGACUUCCUCGGGGUCAUCCCGCGGCGGAUCGGGAUCGGGCUGGUGGCGAUGAUCGGAGGGAGCCUGUUCAUGGCCACGUCGUUCUUCGCGUCGCUGUAUACGGAGAUUGCGAGCAGGACCUUGCGGGUGGAUUCCGAGGCGCCGGAUCAGGAAGUGAACGGGAUGGGAUUGUUUUUCUGCUCUUUGCUGAUAGUUCCCUUGAUGGUCUACACGGCGACGCAUGCUCCGCUGCUCACUACGUUUUCCGCGGGUACUGGCAGGCGUCGAGAGCUGCUUUUCUCCUAGUAUAGCUAGUUAUUAUGCUUGGAGUCAGCGGCGGAACCCGAAAAUUUUCAUUUUCAUAGGGUGUCCUCUUUUAAAAAUAAAUUAAAUAAAAUAAUUAAUGAAAAUAAAAUUUUAAAUUUUAAAAUACCUUACUCGUAUAGGUUAAAAAAGUCCAUGAUUUGUUUUCAUAUUCGGAAAUAAUUUUAGAAUACACUUGGUGCCUAUAGUGUUAAAAAAAAUUGUCUCUAUAUACCCUACUAGACAAUCAUUCACGAACUUAUGGCAUAUUCGAUUUGUAAACUUGUUCUCGAUGUAACCCAAAGCUGAAAAAUACUCUUUCAACACUUGCCGUAUUAAGGGUAGCUUGAAAUUAGUUUAAUUGUCAGGUUUUUAAAAUAAUUAGAAAUAGGAAAUGACAUUUUACUAUUACAUUUUUCAAAAUCGAACAACAAAUGAGUUGUAGGUCAACGAAAAUUAAGUUUAUUAAUAAGAAUAGUGUUCUAGAUUUGAAUUACCCAAUCUACUACUUAUAUUCCUAUACACAAAUGACAGUAGGAUAAUCAUGUUUUCAAAUUUCAGGGGUGUCCCUUACUAUCAAAUUUUUUUUUUACCGUACGUAAAUUACCACCGGGAAUUGGAUAAUCUUAUUCCCAAAAUUUAGGGGUGUCCCCCCUGGGUCCGCCCCUGCUUGGAGUGGCGAGGGAGGUGGAGAGGAGUGAUGAUGUUCUAGGGUCUCACUUGCGAAAAACAAAUAUGGUUAUAUAUGUGUAGGUACUCGUUUAAUAUGGUUCAUAUUUAAAAAUCAAAGUAUUGAAAUAUCGUACCGUACUGGCGGUUCGACCAGAAAAACCUCUUAUCGGAAGCUAAAUUGGUAGAUAAUAUUUAGCGUUAUGAAGCGGUUGAAUUAUGGUCAAACGACGGUUUUAGCAUAAAAAUACAUUUGACAAAACAUAUUUGUUUUAUUAACAUAAAACUUCUUUGAAGAUCAUAAAAUGCUUUUUAUGAUAUUGUCUAAUCGGUUUAGUUUAUUAGCUAAUUAACGGAAGGUCACUUUUCGGUUAUGAAUUAUAAAGGUUCAAAAAAGCGCUAGGUGUAAGGCGAGCGUUGAGACUCUGCAUUGCGCCUACCAUGAUUAGGCGUCGCCUACGUGUUAGAUGUAAAUGUAGCAUAAUAUCUCCCACUUGCCUACAAUCACACGUUCAUGAAUCAAAUAUCAUCGCUUCUACCUUUCAUUUCUAAACUUUCAUCAACGAUACAUGGUAAAACACAAAACAUAGUGUGGAGAAAUGAGUAAAGAAGAAGAAGCUAGAAAAUAACAAAGCAUAUUGAGACGAAGAACCACAAAAAAUAAAGAAGAAGCUACUCUAAAGAUGGUCGUCUCUACAUAUAUCCUAGCCUAACUAUAGAGAAAUCAAGACCAUCCUCCCUAGUAACAUAUCAAAAGGUAGAAAAAGACAACGUGAGAUCAUUUUGAGGCACAACUCAAUGCUGAUUAGGCGCCACCGAGGCCACAACAUGAUUGUAAAGACUUCUCUACUGCUUUUUGUUAAGGCGAGGCGUUUUCCUUCUAACUUGCGCCUAGACGAGCUUAGGUGAGUGCCUAUAUAAGCGCGCUUUUUAGAACCAUGUGAAUUAUAUGAAAAUUGAGACAACUAAAUAAUUAAUAAUUUGAUGAUUAACUAUUUGAUAGGAUAUAUUGAAGGGAAUGAAGUUAAAUACAAAACUAUAUAAUUUAUGUUGUUGAGAUGAUUUAUCAUGGAUUUAAGAGUUUGAAAUUUAGAACAUAAAGUCAAAAAAUUACCUUACUAUUCAUUUUCUAAUUGUUUGCCAUGUUUAUAAUAUGUAUACAAAACAAUGACAAUGCAUACUAAUAAGAAUAAUGUUAUCACAAGAACAACAAUAAUAAACAGGGAAAUUUUGU